GCAUCCAGCCAUGGCCAGAGGCAAGAGACGGAUGUCUCAACAGUCCACCAGCCCUGUUCAAAGCUCUCAAAGAAGAAUCCGCGAGAAUGGGAGGCACGAUUCAGCCUCAUCGACAGCAGGUUCCGUGACGAGGUCAAUGUCGCCCAAACAGAAAGAGACGGCAACGCUAAGGCCACCAGGUCCUUGCAGUGCGGCCUGUGUCAGAAAGUUUUCAAGCGCAGGUCGCAGCUACGAACACACUUGUUCGCUCACGUGGGCGAAAAACAGUACGCCUGCGACGUGUGCGGCAGGAAAUUCAAACAGAAGCAUUACCUCAAGAUCCACAGUCGCACUCACACGGGUGAUAGACCCUUCCAGUGUUCGUCGUGCCCGGCCACGUUCGCUAGAAGCGAUAAUCUGAAAAGGCACACGUUGACCCACACCGGCGAACGACCGCAUGAAUGCAGCGUCUGUGGACGCAGAUUCGCGUUGAAAUCAAGCCUCGCGUCCCACGCACUGACUCAUUCGGGGAAGAAGGCAUUCGCCUGCCACUUGUGCGGCCGAAAAUUUUCCCUUAGAGUCACACUUCGGAGCCACGCCCGUACACACACUGGGGAGAAGCCGUACACCUGCCACCUGUGUCCGGCUACGUUCGCGCACUUGCAGACUCUGAAAGAGCACGUCGCAAGCCACACCGGUGAGCGACCUCACAAGUGCGACGUGUGCGGGAGGACGUUUACUGCAAAAUGCACUCUCUGGACGCACAAGAAUAUUCACUCAGGCGUAAAGGACUUUAGCUGUCAGUUCUGUAGCCGCAUGUUUAGUUUUAAACAAGCACUAACAACGCACACCCGCACACAUACGGGUGAGAAACCGUACCUCUGCCACUUAUGUCCCGCUGCAUUCGCGUUGAUGGCUACACUAAAAAUGCACCUCCUAACCCACACCGGUGAGCGACCUCACAAGUGCGACGUAUGCGGCAAGAGCUUCACCCAGAGAGGGCACCUUUCUCGUCAUCAGCGUGUUCACUCAACGAGUAGUUAA